CACGCAAUAACAAAUCCAUCCCUUAUUGCGAAUUCAUUAAAUCGCCUGAUAGAUUUUUUAAAGUGCUUACUUAUUUACAUUUCCUUAGGCUUAAUACCUAAUGCCUCGAAAUCGUUUUUUUAUUAAUAGCUUGGGCAAAAAUGCUUUUAAAACAUUUUAACUAUUUAUUCACAAUGGACGCAAAUUGUAGUACAAGUAUAUGCAAGUCUGGAAAAGACAAUUAAGACCAGUUCGAAACCAUUAAAUGUAGGGGCACACGCUUCAAUAACCAUCUCUCUUUUUUGCAGAUUAUUUCAUAAUACAGGGAUCCAACAUGAGGCUCAGAUUCCUUUUUAUGGUUUAUAUUACUGUUCUUGUCGGGCAGCCAUGUCUCGUGGAAAGCAUCUUUCUCCCAUGGUCGAAAAGUAAAAACGAUUCUUCCGAUGGCUUUCGUAUCGCAAAAGUACUUUUAGAACUGAAUAAGAACAUUCCAGGUAGUCCUUUUGGAGUAAACGUUACGUGGAUGAAGAACAUGACCAGCAAUAUCUCCGUAGACGAGCGAUGCUUUGGAGAAAACGACAUGCCAUUAUCGUUUGCUUUUCACAAGAAUCAUCCCUAUACUUCUUUUCAAAACGCAAGAGAGCACAUAGACGUAAAAGGCAUGUUUCCUUCUUUGCUUUCGAACAUAUUAGACUAUUGCUGUCAUGGUGGCGCCAAGAAAGUCAAAUUUGCCAAGCUCUUACGCACACCACUGGAGGCGGAAGAUCGUUUUCUAAAUGAGAACGUUAAUGAAUACGAUUUCACCUUUUCGAUCCACGCACCCUCUGAUGCUCAUUCAUUUCGGGAUUAUCCAUUCAUCCCGCUAGUGCGGGCCCCCAGUGUGGUCUUUCUGGCGUAUGAUGGAAACGAAAGAACCAGCAAGACUCACGCCAUUGCUACCACUAUUAUGAAGGCCUGGCCCAUAAUGGUGUUUAUUCUUCUCACAGCAACCUUCUCUGGUAUCAUAAUAUGGUUUUUGGUGAGUUCAGGUUAUUAUAUCAACAUUACUUUCACCCCGCUUUCUCAAAUCGCUCCUUCCCUAAUUUUACAAACAAGUCGUUUUCGCCGUUCUCUACAUUUAUCGUACCCCGGGUUCCAGAGGAUAUUUUUUUCUUUCGAUACUGAUGGUUCGCGGCCAAGCUGCGUCAGCGAGGCACGCAGUGCCGCGGGGGCCUUAUCAAACCGUAAGCAUGGUUUAUUUCAUAUUGGGUAUUUUUAGAACGGACCUCUGGGUAUAUUUAUUGCAUUGCGAUUAUAUGUUACUUAUAAUAAACGAUUUCUAUUUUUUUCUUUCAUGGUGUGUCGAAAAUUUAUAGUUACUUUGUGUCGAUUUGAAAACUGUACUAAAUACGAUUACAAGCUUUUAAAUUUAAUUUUCCGCCUCCUCUUUCACAAAAGAUCUUAAAAAUACUUCUACUGUAGUCAUCCUUUUGGCUUUAUAGGAUCAUCGUCAGAAUCCUCAGGAGUUUCCUCAAUCAUUUAAGAAAGGAGUCUGGGAAGGGUUCUGGUGGGCACUGGUCACCAUGACAACAGUAGGGUAAGUUUUUAAAAGGUGUUAAAUUCUCUUCGGAACAACAAGAAUGCACGGAAUCGUUACUUAAAUUUUUUUAAUCUUUUCCUGUUAUUAUGUCUUUUGGUAUGAAAAGACCUUAUAAAGAAGUCUUUUUGGUGGCUUUCCACAUGACGUAAUCAAAAUUCAGACUAAAGAAUUAUCGACUUUUUGUACUGCCCUGCACCUUUCAUAAGGUAUCAAAGCAGCUAAAAGCUAUAUUUACACAAAUGUUCACUUCGAUAGUGUUCUUAACGUUUUGAGAUAGAUUAACACACUGACAAUGACUUAUUCUGGGGAUUUUGCCAGCUGAAAAGUCAUUUGUAUUAGAAACAGAAUUACUUUGCUGUUUAUGAGUUCCACGAAAGAUGAAUUCAUGCUUUCAUAGCAAAACCCAGUCAGGUGAGAGAUGUUUGAGUUGGCUUCCGGCCGCCAUGUUGAUGCUAAUCACUGGAUUGGACCCAACAUGGCGUCUCCAUACAAAGCUCAAAAAUUUGGGUAAAUCAUUUCUCUAAAUAUCUUGCAUAUAUUAAGUUGUACUGACCUGAAUCUUGAGGAGGGUCUUUACCAAUUUACUUCGUCUAACUUCCCAGAUUCUUAACUAUAUCUAUUGAAACAUUUUUUUAGUUUGUUUUCUGUCUUUGUUCGCUUGUUUUUUCCAUUCCAGCAAUAAUAAUUAUAAUAAAAAAGAACAACGCCUCAGUCACUUGACCAAGGUGGAGACAAGCUUCUUUUUGCUUGUCUUGAUAUGAAUAGUUAUUUAGGGGUGCUCCAACAUCAAGUAUUCUUUAUUUUUCAAUUGUCCACAGCUAUGGUGAUCGUUCCCCCAAGUCCACUCUCGGUCGUGUGUUUUGCAUUUUGUGGAUCAUAACAGGCCUGAUUAUAAUCUCCAUUUUCAUUGCUAUGGUAACAGCAUCGCUUGCAGCUACAACGCACCCUCACUUCCCAAUACAUGGGUCGCUGGUAAGAUAUGCUUGUUUUUUUUUUUUACGAGGCCAAACGAAGUUCAUAACGAUAACAAGGAGCAUUGUUGGGUUUCAUGACAGAGAAUGCUCAACCGUUUUUCUGCAGACUUCCAUUCGGGCAAACACCCUCAAUUCUUACAUCCGCAUCGUACUUUACAGCUUCGAUAGGUUCAAACUUAAAAGCAGGUGACACACGUACAAAAACCCAUGGCCUGGCCAGUACCUAACGCAUGCGUACAUCCAUGUCAACCGGGAAUGCCAUGCUGAUGAGCUCUAAUAACAGCGAAGCAGCUGUUCUAUGGUUACCACUGCCUCCAUAUGGCCGUGGGUUGAUGUGCGUGUCGAUACGUGUGUCACUUUUACGUUUGUCCAAUAGGUUGACUUUACGAAUGUCAUGUUUAACGUCACGUUUAAUUUCUGGCGUUUUAAACCCCAGCGUACUCGUCUUACUCUUUUCACUGCAACAAUUAGAUCCGAGAUGAUGGUGAAGAUCAUCUGAGUGCAAUAAUUUGAUGCAUAGGCUUUGACCUUUUUUACGGGGCGCGAUAUAUUAUAUUAUAUUAUAUAGUAUAUUAACUAAGUGACUCAGUGACAGUCCCUUCUCGCUGGAUGGAAUCAGAAGAAGGAAACCAGAAGACUUUUGAGAAGGUCUGACUGAUAAAAUUUUAUAAAGUGCCUAGAGGCAAACCGUCGCCAAGAGGCUAGCCCUGUUCCACCAGAAUUUCUUCGCCCGUCCCGAAAGAUUUUCCCGGGGUCUACCACAAAAAAGGUGUCUCGUAGACGUUUUACUUUUUAACGUCCCACUGUGUGUGCCCCACCAAAGUCUAACCUAUAUUUUUAAUAAGGCAAACUUUCUUCUUGACCCACUUUCCCCUUUGAUAUUAGACAUGUGAAUCAGUACUGGCGGUGACUCAUCUUUACCCUGUUUUUUACUUCCAGAUUGGAGUAGUAAAUGGAAGUGAAGAAUAUCAGCUAGGAGUGCUGAUGAAUGCGGAAAUGAAAAGUAAGCAAUGAUGAUUAAGGACAAAAUUUAAAGACCGUGUUUUUUUCUGCUACGCAUAUAAGUUUAAGCACGUCUUUAAAGUUUUUGAGGCGCUUAGUUUUUAUGCUGUGAGUAUCGCUCCGAAUACAACUUAUUAUUAAUUUUGAUUACGCAAGGGAAAUAGAUCUAAGAUGGAGCUAAUAAUUCUAAUCAGAAAACGCGGGUAACUCGUACUUUUAAGAAGUAAUUGAGACACAAUUUAGUAACAUUUAUUAUCUCCAUUAACUCCCGUUUUACAAUUUAAAAAGCGCGGAAAUAGACAGUUUUGCUUUAAUAUAUUUACACCAUUACAGUGUCCUGUAACGCAAAGUGAUUAAAUCUAUUUGUCUUUCUCUUAAUUUUAUAGUAUUUCCCAAGAUAUACGAUAUAACGACUGCUCUGUUGAAGUCAGAAAUAGACGGCGCUUUUGUAGAUAGUUUUAUAAUCACAGCGCACCUGAAUCUGAUCAGGAAUCAUCCUGGACUUAGGAUUGAGCGCACGAUUGAGCACCCGGUUACCUACGGCAUGGUUUUGGCUAGCAAUUCAUCCCGUAUGGAAAGCUGCGCUAGGCGUUACGUCGAAAACUAUCCAAGAAAAGUUUUUCAAAAGAUUGCCGAGCAUCUCAAGCCUCUUAAGGUAGGUUUUUACCUCAUUCGUAAUCUGUCGUUACAUGGCGGGCUUUAAGCUCUAAGAAGCUGCGUUGAGUCAAAGUAGAGUCUAAGAUCCCGUUCCAGCCGAAUCGAAUUCAAUGAAUCUAGUUCAUGUGAUUCUUUGAAUUCGAUCGCAGUAAUUGAAUUCGGAUCGUCUCGACCGCAGGGCCGGAUCUAGGAUUUUUUUAGGAGGGGGGUGCACUCGUCUCUUGCUCUACUUCAACACCCUUAAACCACCAUAAUUUUUUUUUUUUUUGCAGAAUACCAGUUGUAUUAGAAAACCGCAGGUCAUCUCGGGGGGGGGGGCGCCCCCUGCACCUUCUCCCUAGAUCCGCCCCUGGACCGUUCUUCCCGCCUAAUGAACCGAGAAUAAAGGAUGUCGAGGGGCGUUGAUUCAGACACCGAACUUCAUAUGACCAGAACGAAAUGCAUAAAUUUUAUAAUGUGGUUUACCGGAAAGCGUGUGUUUUUCCUUUUGAAUGAAAAUCAGCUUCUAAAUGAAUUCAGCUGGCCUAUAAAAUCAGCUUUGAGUCGGCCCAAAUUCGAAUUUGAUUCGCUGCUCAUGUCAGUAGUACAAAGUAAGGCUUUUGAAUACAAAAAGAGGAAAUCUUUUUUUUGUGCCAGAAAAUUGCUUAAAUAGUAAUCAACAAGUAUACCGAUAUAUUUUUUGCUUAUGUAGAUAGUCAGCUCUGACUAUUGUAAAUUUCAAAUAGUAAUUUGUUUACGGUCAAAGUACUUAGGAGCUCAGUUCUGAACUCGUUUAAUAGGAUCCAUACGUUCCAGAUUGAAUUGGAAUUUAGAAGUGUUGGGUUUUGAGGAGCGGGAGAACCCGGAGAAAAACCUCUCGGCGCAAGGCAGAGAACCAACAACAAAGCCUUUAAGAUGAUUUAUUGGUAUUGCGUUGAUUUUAUAGAUUCCAUCGGAUGCCAUAAGCCAGGAACUAAAAGCCGCAGAGGAGUUGUUUUAUGAAGAAGGAGCCUUUAAGAUGAUCGUGUACAGUGGAACAGCCAUCUUGGCGGUGCUUUUUAUCGCUGGAUUAGUUUAUGAGUUUCUAGCCAAGAAAUACUUGCAGCGUAAGUAAUCUUGCAACCUGGUCAUCAAUCAUGCCCAUCUCCGUUCUUCUGGCCAUGGACAGCCUGAAUGGACAACGUCAUGUUUUAAAUUGUUCCUUUUAUAUAGUGUGAAAAACAGGAAAAUAGUCCGUUCCCUUUUUUUUUUUAAAGAAAAGAAAGUAUAUGUUUUUAUGCUUUUUGACCAUACAUUUCACUUUCUGAACAGUCCAAAACAGUGGUUUGUUUCCAAAACGUGAAAAAAAAAAAAAAAAAGUCUUUUGGAGAUGGUACUUAUGACGCAAAAAAAACUAGAGUGAACUCUGGCCUUCUGUAUGCUGUGUUCUUGUUACCGAAUCCAAAGUUUUCUCAGUUAAAUGCAUUAGCUUGGACAUCUUCUUCACCACCACCGUAAUUAAGCUUGUGUUAGUGAGAGAAAUUCGCAUUACAUCUUGACAUAACAAUGACGUGACUUUUUUUACAUUUACUAGUUAUAAUGUGUUUCUUUCAGAUACAUGUAAUAUUGCUGGUUUGUAUGUGGUGUCACCGCGGCCAUGUUGGUGGUCAAGAGGACAAAAGCCAUUUUCAUGUUAUUUCUUCGAAAAGAAUUUUAUUGUAUUGACCACCAACAUGGCACAAACAAAAAACAAACCAAGAGUGAAAAGCACUUAUUACACUGGGACGCCAGACGGCAUUUUCAUCUUCUCGAAAACUUUACUAUUUCCUUUUUUUGAUAGCGAAACGGGCAAGAGAAGAAAACAAUUACCUCAAUGUUGAGAUGACAAAGCAGACCAGUACAGAUGGUCCGCCGCACCAGACUGAGGGAGACUUGGACGAGCUUUUGCAAGAUUAUAAGUCUUUUCAUGACUCAUGGGUAGAGAGGUGCAAGAGGCUUCAUGGGAAACCUUAUGGUUGCUAAGCUUAAGAACUUGUUUCUCCUUCAGCAAGUCAAUUUGAAAGGAAUUUCCCAAAGUAAAACCUUGCCUACCUACCAAACCAGUUUGUUUUCGGGUAAAGUAUGCACUAUUUUGGCAUGCUUGUAGAAACAAUCCUUCGAAAAGCGACUUUAUAAAAGACAAGGUCAGAGUAACACGGAAACUUAAAGACAGUAAAUGUAGCCGAGUUUAGAGAAAAAAAAGCCCUCUUCAUAUUUAACAAUCUCGAUUCUUAUAUCUACAGACUUACAGCUGCUUAUAUACACUGUCAUGUAUGGAAUAUAGACAAAACCUUGUUCUUUAAUGAAAUGUAGGAAAUACCAUGUACUCACGUGGGAAUACUGGAAGUAAAGUCGUUAAAAAAAAAAAAAAACAAAUGAUGAAGCUGGUCGAACGGUAGGAGAACGGAAGCGUAGAAACCCAGCUGUGGAAGUGGGAGUUGAAAGAAAUUACAGCUCAAUGCUCAGCUAAGCUGAAUCAUUGUCAAAAUAAAAGGCGGUGGUUUUUUAUUUCAAAAGCUAAGAGAAGCUGCUUAGGAAACUAGGAUGGUGCACUUGAUCAUAAAGUUAAAGAGGAUGGACUUCGAUAUCUCGCGCUCAAAUAUUUAUCCUGAUGCUGAAAAAUGUACGAAAAGUUCGACCUCAGCCGGCACUCUUGGUAAUUAUUAAUUCCAAAGCUUUAAUAUAAAAUCUUUAACUCCAUAUACUACCGUAGUAAAUUGACAACCCUUAAGGCACUGUUAUAGCGUGACUGAUAAAGUUGUAACAGGGAUCAAAACAUAAACUUAAAACUAUAUGAAAAUAAAAUAAAAUAAAACAUAAACUUUAAUCCGACUUCGCUUGUUUUAUGCAUUCCAACUAAACCAUAUCUGAUAGUACA